AAUUUUACAUUGCUCAACGCCAUUGGAUUAGAGUGCUGUCAAUUUCGCAGCCAAUGCUCAACGCCAUUGGUUACGCUAUGCACACUGGUGACGGGAAUACACAGCUCAAACACAGGAGAAGCGCUGUGGCUACACGAUCCGUCCCAGAAACACGAUUUGUUCCGCGCGUGCGCUAAACUGACGUCACUUCCUGUUAUCGGCGACGUUUUACGACAGUCUUCUCGACCUGGGACCAGCUCGGAAUCUGGCAGGGGUGCAUUUCUCGGCAUUACACCUGUUCCGGGCGUCUUCGAAUUUUAUCAUCAAAGACACAUUGCAAGCUUCAUUGACCCAGGAUCCUGGACUGAAAAAACAGGAAGAGACCUUGAGUUUUUUCCUCAACAGUCCAGUGGGGAUUCUUGUGGUGUCUACAUGCUGAUGUAUGCUCUCAGCAUCUGCACAUCAUGUCCCUUAACAUUCACAGAGGAGGAGGUGCCAUUGAUUCGCCAGUGGUGGUGCAUUAACCUCAUGGAAAGAUUUUGCCUAGAAGGGCAUGGACAGAGGUUUGCAUACUGGACCGAAGAAGCAUCCCAACUCCUUCAGGGGAUCGUUGAGCCUGUGUUUAGGGUGUCGAAAUUCACCACCACCAAACUGUCACCCAGCAGAAGAGUUGUGGAUGACAAGGACAUUGAUAAGGUGCAGCAGCCAACCAUUGUCCGAGACCUAAAUACAGCGUGGUACUGGGUACAGAAUCACAGACACUUAUUCCGUGGGGAGGUGACAGAGCCUGCCUUUUUGCAGAUGAACAGGGGUGAUCAACAAAAUGCCAUCAAGAACCUCUUGGGGGGUCAAUUCUCUGAGGCGAAGGAUGCCUUUUUGUUUAUAUUUCAUUACCAAGAAGACAUGGAAACAUUUUUGUCGUACUGUGUUGAUGACCAAGGCCUAAAGGUCAAUGCUAUGUUCUACAAAGAGAAAUGUAGUGUGUGAGUGUGUGUGCGCGUGUGUGAGUGAGUGAGUGUGCGUGAGAGAGAGUGUGCAUGUGUGUGCGUUUGCGAGAGUGUGCGUGAGUGAGCGUGUGUGAGGAAUGGAACAAAUGUAUAAAUAAAUUGAAAGAAUAUAUAUAUAACUGUAUUCUGUGUGUUUCUUAAAUGCAGUUAAAUAUCUAGAACAGUUAUGUAGAACCUAUCUUUAGAAAAUGAAUAGAAAGAAAACACAUCUGUAUGAACAUCUGUAUUUUCCAAAUUGUGUCUAGCAAAUUUAAACAAUUCAGUUUAAUUUGACCAUUUAUUUAAUUCAAUGAAGUUAAUUUGUGCCACAUAUUAACCAAAUUUUAACCGAAAUGGAUCGGGUAGUUAUUUUUUAUGACCACCUUAAAACAAACAUGCAUUAUAAUUCAGCAACAAUUUAACAAGCCAGGAAAUAUCUCAAAGCAUUGUAAGAAACAAAUUAAGAAAAAAGAAACUUAUACAGAUAUAAUAAAUACAUUUAUUAAUAAAUGUAAUAAAAAUAUAUAUAUAUUAAACACCGAGUGUAAAACAACAGCAGUAACGGUAUAGCCUACAUACCCGAAACUGCCGUAAAGUGUUUCGAUUUAUUUCAGACAGGAAGUGACGUCAGUUUCGCGCAUGCGCGGAACAAAUCGUGUUUCUGGCACGGAUCGGGUAGCCACAAGCGCGAUUUCGCAGGCUGCAGACCACGUCUAUGUUCCU